AUGAGCAAGCAAUCCUACUGCGCAUUCGUGCCUGCAAAGCCUCGAGUCUGGCAUACCGCUAAAGGCGAGCACGGGAAGAAGUACAUGAGAAUGAACACCGACGAAGUGCGCAAGGAAAAGCCGACUCACAAGGCCGCUCACGCUGGCACCAUGGCUCCCGUUAUGGCGUCUCCUACGAUGAAGCCUCACAUGGGGACCGGAAUGCCUGACUCGCCAUUGAUGCCGCCACAUAUCCCUAACCUCCCCGACGGAUUUGAGAAAAAGAUGCCACCACGUCCUACGACGCUGAUCAAGCGCAUGAAGCCAACUGGCUGCUCUAAGCGUAGCGUGCCAGCGCCCACCAGCACCGGCACCGUCGCGAUGCCAGGAUGCAAGCAGUACCACACCGUGAAGGCUGGCGACACCUGUGCCGAAAUCACCAAGAAGUAUGCUGGCCUGAACCUCGCCCAGUUCUUCAAGAUGAACCCAUCUCUCGACGUCAACUGUCUCAAGCUCCAGGUGGACGACCAGGUCUGUGUAGGCGGCAACCCGACUACCAGAUACCCAGUCCAAUCUCACACGCAGGCUGUUGCUGCUCGCGGCGCACAGGGCUGGCCGUCUCCCACCAAGCCAGGAACCAACAGCGGAUGCAAGAAGUUCGAGAUGGUCAAGAAGGGCGACUCCUGCGAGGGAGUCUCUGGCAAGCAUCACAUCUCGGUUAAGCAGCUCAAGGAGUGGAAUCCCGCCGUUGGACCUACCUGCGAGAAGCUCGAGAUCGGAUACUAUGCUUGCCUCUUCUUCUUCUUCUUCUUCUUCUUCUUCUUCUUCUUCUUCUUCUUCUUCUCCUUCUCCUUCUUGCUGUUGCUAGUCAACCUCAAGAUCUCAUCCACAGCUAACACGGACGCCGCCUCGUACAGCAUCGCCGUCGUCCUGCUCCAGAGUCCAGCAGCGAGCUCAACGCCGGACGAAUCGCUCGCGACCUCGCCGUCUGCUUGUCGAGUCCCCUCGCUCUUUUAUGCAGCUGCAACCGCCUCGCUGCCGCUUGUCGAGAUCGCCGUCCGCGUUCUGACUGCGCCCCUGACUGGAUCCCACGAGCUGUCCGGCAGGCCUUAUCAACUCGGCCAGCAUCUCAACACCAGCUAUACCCAUCCUGCCCAUGCGGGGAGCCGCUCUGAGAACUUCUCUCUUCCACUGCAGGCCUCGCCGAACGCUGCAUCGCCCCCUUUUUCUUCAGCAGGCAGGCCGACCUUGAACCUCGUCCCCUCCGGCCCCUCAGCCAGCCUGCAGCCUGAUCACAGCAUCGAUACGCUUUCCGCCGCCCCAUCGCUCCCGUCAGCGCCUCACAGCACGGAAGCUUCCCCACUGACUGAGACACAGCCGCGCAAGUCCCGACGGAGCUUCUUCGGCCUGCACUCAAAGGAUAAGGAUAAGGGCUCGUCACAGAACCCUGCCAAGCCGGGUCGCAGCGUGUCUGUCAGGAAGAAAAUCAGCGCUCCCAUCCCGCUCCCAAAGCCGUACCAGAUCGGCCCGCUCCCGCCUGCUGACCCUCCUGCCCUGGAGCAAGAGGAGGGAGACUACAUAGAGAAGAGGCUGCCCCAGCUCCCGAACAACUCCUCUCAGCCCAGCCUGCCUCAGUCCAUCUAUCCCGCCAGGGGAGCUAGCCGGUCCUCGUCCCACCUCGACAGCCAGCCCUUCGAGCCUCCGCAGAUACAACGUGUCAGUACGGAGCCCCUGGGACAGCACGAGGACUACUACAAAGGCCGGCCGCCGCAGUAUAACCAGUAUCAGCUUGGACCUCCCCAUCAGCAGCUGCCGCAGAACCCUCAAUUCCAGAUCGACCAGCCUCAGGCACAGCCAGCGCACAGGCAAAACCAGGCUUCUGACCAGUCAGCUGGGGCCGGUGAUCGUGAACAGGAGACCCCACCUCCAGGAAAGGCAAAGGACGACACAUCUGAGCUUGAUGUAAACGGAUGGAUCCAGAAAUAUGAAGAACUACAGCUUAAAUAUAACAGGGUAAAGAGAUAUUAUUUUGACAAGGAAGCCCAGGUACAACAACUGCAAAAUACGGUUGCCCAUCAACGCAUGUCCGCGUCUAGAACUGUGCUGGAUGACAACGAAUAUGCUACUCGGAUGGGCCGCCUGGACGGCGCCAUUAACAAUCUUUCAUUCAACAUUCGCAAAGAUUGGAAGAAUAUACCCCCGUGGCUUCAAGGCGUCGUCAACGAGGAUGCUCAUUCAGUUGGUACAAAGGAGAUGACUGCCGUUGGGCGAGCUUGCCUUACCCGUUGGAUCGUAGACGAGCUGUUUGAUCGUUAUUUCCACCCGGGACUAGAGCCCAAUCUCAGCCGUCAGCUAAAGCAGAUCGAGCGCAAUGUCCGGCGAAUGGGCAAGUUCGUCACCGAAGAGGAACAGGAAAACCAUCUGUCCAAAGUCUCAUCCUGGCGUCGCACCACUCUGGACGGACUUGGCGAUAUUUUCCAAAGCAAGCUCGCCGAUGACCAUCGAGCUCUCUUGACUCGGAACCUAGUCGAGAAGCUCACAGCCAGCCUGGAGAUGAACCUGAAAACUCCGCCUCCGCCUGGUCUUGAAAAUGGCGUGGCGAUGAUUGUUGAACUUGCUGUUGGCAUCAGUGCAAAUAUUCCCCUUGAAUCAAGAGAUAUCUCUAUCGAAUAUUUCCUCCCUGGCGCUCUGAUCACUGAGUCACAUAUGAAGAUAGAGACCACUCUACCUCCUCUCUCCAACCCAGGGAUAGAGCCGCGACUCGCAUCCGAGCCGUCCUCCGCGGCAACGGAUAGGGUAGACCAAUCUUCGAUCAAGGGAAUUGAGGCGGCCAUUUCCUUGGACGCUCCCGGCGGAGACGACAAGGAUGGAAACUUCCCCAUCCAACCUCUACCAGCUAGCCAGGGUCGAAAGAAAUCUGUCUUCGGCUCGCUCAUGGGCAAGAAACCACAUCCGGGACCCGGAAACCCCAUAGAUGCUGCGAGGCCACCAUCUGGCCAUUUCCGAGAACGCGAGGAGGCUAUUGAAGCCGUUCGCGAUAAGGAGAAUGAAAACCGCAUUCGUUUUGCUGCCUUUGUCUCCGUAGAGAUACGGGGCAAGGGAGCCGGCAACGUUAUCGUCAAGGCGCCCGUCUAUCCAUUCUCAUGA